AUGGAUAAUAUAAAUAAUAAUUUUCAUCCCAUCAAAUUUGACCAUGAAAUCACCGUCCCUUUCCAUGAUAUUCGUUCAGAUCAUACAGCGCAGCAAUAUCUUGUUCCUUCUUCGCUUCCGAUGCUUUCUGAUAAUACACUCCAUAGUCAUUUACCAAUCUAUGCCUCUAUCUUCACCGAAGAACCUUUCGAAUACGUCUGCUCAUCACAAAUGCAUCAUCUCCCUUAUCCGAUGAUGUUUCUGACGGAUCAAAAUGAUAUUAUGAUAGAGCCCACAAAUUAUAAUUUUCCAUUCUCAAACAAUGUUCACAUAUCGUCUAAUGAACUUGUGGAAUAUCCAAACAAUCGAGGCUCACUUGCAAACCUGGUACCCUCUCCCACGUCAUCCUUCACUACUGGCUGCAACGCAUCUGUUAGCAGUAAGGGUGACUUAGCACUUCAAGAUUCACCAACUUCAUCCGCUACUGCAAAUUCGACACCCAUGUUCCCUUCAUCCACUCAGCCUGCAAAUAUCGACAAAGAUGCGAUUCCUGCUAAUCAAACAUUACCUAAUGAAUUGGUAAAAAAGCGUAGGUCCCGUGAUGAUGAUAAAGAAGCUGAAGACAAAAGAAGCUUAAGAAGAAAGUAUUUGAAUCGUGCGGCGGCUAGGAGAUCAAGACAAAAAACAAAAGAUUAUUAUAAUGGGUUAAAACUACGUGUCGAAGAAUUGGAAGAGGAACGAAUUGAAAAAUUAAAAGAGAUUGAAAAACUCAAAGAGAUUUUAAAAAAUUUGGGUCAAAAAAUUGAGUGA